UUAUUUAUUUCAUUGGCAAAUAGAAAAUAAAAACAUUCAGCUUGUGCUAUACUUGAAUCUUUCUUCUUCUAUUUCUCUUUAUUACGUCGAUUGUUUGUAUCAGUUCCAUUCUAUUUUGUGGACAUCAAAGUUGUGCACAAAAAAUUAAAAAUUAAUGGAUCAAAAAUAUAAUCAUCGUAAAUUAUGAAAAUUAAUUUCCCUAGAAUUUUUCACUGCCUAAUGCCCCACCACGCUUCGGAAGACAUUGUGCCAUAUGAGCACGGCUCAGUCAGCACUUAGUUCGUUGUCAACUGUGGGAAGAAGAAUAGCUCCUUUUCAAAAUGAGGAAUUAUUGAUCACUCGGAUAUAGUGCCGUUGUUUAUUUAUAUUUUUUCUUUUAUUUCUUUUAUCCUGGAAGAGGAUCUGUUGACUGUUGAACUCUUCACGAUAUUUUGUAACAAUCAUCGCACCGUAAGGCGAACUAAAAUAACAGUGAAAAUUUAUAUAAACAUGUGGAACGUGUUCAAAUUUAUUAUGUUCGGGAUUAUUGGAAUUGCCGAAAGUAUUGUGAAAUUAUUCAUUCCGAUGAAAUAUCAAAUGAAGAACAUUUCUGGCGAAAUAGCUCUCGUUACUGGUGGUGCCGGAGGUCUUGGAAGAGCAUUAGCUCUUAAUUUAGUGAAGCAUAAUGCCAUUAUUGUUAUUUGGGAUAUCGAUCAAAAAGGUAUAGACGAAACGAUGAAGUUAAUAAGAGCUGCAGGUGGUAUUUGUUACGGAUAUAUUUGCGAUAUUCGUAAUCGUGAGAGUAUUUAUAAAAUGGCUCAACUAGUUCGAGAGGAAAUUGGUCAGGUAACUAUCUUAAUUAAUAAUGCUGGAGUGGUAAAUAUUGGAAUUUUCUGGGAAACUCCGGAUGAUCUUCUUAGUCAUCUAAUGGAAGUAAAUGUCAUGAGUCAAAUGUGGACAGUGAAAGCAUUCCUUCCGGCGAUGAUGGAGAGCAAUAAAGGCCAUAUUGUGAACAUAGCGAGUGUAGCCGGUCUCGUUGCGUUACCGACAAUCGUAGAUUAUUCUACGUCUAAGUAUGCAAUUGUUGGUUUCAGUGAAGCAUUACAGAAGGAAUUAAACUUACAUAGAUAUAACAUUAACACCACUGUAGUGUGUCCAACUUUCAUCCACAGUACGGGUAUGUCUGCGGAUAAAUAUUGUGGGAUUUUGCCGACUCUGAGUCCGCAAGAAGUUGCAGAGAGAACUAUAACUUCUAUUCGAUGUAACAAAGAGUUCGUUUUGUUGCCAAGUUACAUUCACCUUCUACUACUUUUAAUAUGGAUGUUGCCACGGAAUUUCUUUUCUAAGGGAAUACUUUUGAAAUUGGGGAUUGAUACAACUGAAUUUGAGUUAAUAAAAAAUCUAAGAGAAAAUCAAUAAUGAAUUAAAUGUAUAUUUACAGAAAGUAAAGUGUAUAUAUAUAUAUAUAUAUAUAUAUAUAUAUAUAUAUAUAUAAAAUAUCGUAAUGGACAACGAGUAUAAUUAUAAACAUGCUUUUAUAUGCUUUCACUUUACAUAGAUAUUAUACGAAAUUUAUAUUUCUGUUGUACGAAAAAUAUCGGAAAGAACAAAAGUUUAUAUUAUAAUAUUAAUUUUACAUGAUUGUCAAUUUUUAUUUUUAUUUUAUAGAUAUAUAUGUUUUGCAGAUUAAGAAGUUAAAUUAACGUUCAGUACAAAUUGAAUUUGAUAUGUCUCCGAGAAAGGACUGAUUACUAUCUUAUCAAUAGUUGACACACUUUUCUAAUUCUCAGGCUCAUAAUUUUUAUUACCACAUAAAAUGAGUGAUAUGAGAUGACUCCACGAUUUUAACAUUGUAUCAGUUCACUUAGCAGCGUUUGUUAUUCUCCAAUAAAACUAUUUUCAUUUA